GCAGUGCGAAUAGAGGGAGGGAGAGAGAAAGAAAGAAAGAUGCGCUUGCGCGCCAGGAAGACAUCUGGCUGCUUUUGGUAUGUGUGCCGUUGAGGACGGCGAGGCGGUAAGGGUGGUGGUGAGUAGUGCGCAUGCGUUCUUUCCAGCUUCUGGCUAGAGAGAACCCAGUGAAAGAAGGGAGGGGUGGGCAUUUUGCUGCGUCACCAGCCGCCUGGAAGCCGCCGUUACUGGAGAAGGAGCGAGCGAGCGAGAGAGCGCGCGCGCGUGGUGCUUUGUGGGUAGCAGGCCUCAGCCUCCGAGCCCCUGAGAAGGGACUGUCGCCGCCGCUGCCGCCUGUUCCUCGCCCUUGGCAAGAGACCUUCUGUGUCGCCUCAGAUUUCUCGGAGCCCCCCCCCCCCGGAGAGACGGGAAGAAGGAAGAGAGGACGAGCCGGAAUAGCCCCAGCUAAUACCGUUCGCCAUGCAGCCUGCUUCUGCAAAGUGGUAUGACCGAAGGGACUACGUCUUUAUUGAAUUUUGUGUUGAAGAUAGUAAAGAUGUUAAUGUAAAUUUUGAAAAAAGCAAACUUACGUUCAGUUGUCUUGGAGGAAAUGAUAACUUCAAGCAUUUAAAUGAAAUUGAUCUUUAUAAUUCUAUUGAUCCAAAUGAAUCUAAGCAUAAAAGAACAGACAGAUCUGUCCUAUGUUGUUUACGGAAAGGUGAAUCUGGCCAGUCAUGGCCACGGUUAACAAAAGAGCGGGCAAAGCUGAAUUGGCUCAGCGUGGACUUUAACAACUGGAAAGACUGGGAAGAUGAUUCAGAUGAAGAUAUGUCCAAUUUUGAUCGCUUUUCUGAAAUGAUGAACAACAUGGGUGGUGAUGAAGAUGUAGAUUUGCCAGAAGUAGAUGGAGCAGAUGAUGAUUCACCAGACAGUGAUGAUGAAAAAAUGCCAGACCUGGAAUAAAAGGAACUGACUUUUUGGGAUUUGGGGAAAGAACUUCAUCACAACAUUUCAUAAUUGAGAUAAGAAUUCCUGAGUUGAUAGCACUAAAGGCAGAAAAUACAUCCUUUAAUUCAUCUUCAACCUGUUUUAAGCAGCUUCAUUGAUUGGUGCGUACCAUUGUUCAGGGCAGUUUUAAAGAUACGUGAGGCAAUAAUGUUAUGCAUGAAAGUUUUUCCAGACUUCCAAAAACAAACAAAGAAACAACACAAAUAUUUGAGAUAUAGGCAAUCGAUACAAAACAGUUGCAAUAAAAGGGUUUACAAUGCCUCUUUGCCUAAUCGUAAGAUACUGCAAUGGGAAAACUCAAUUUACAUGAAGUCAGAUAAUUGUACUUUUCCCCUCACCAUUGUGGACUGCAACUUAAAAGUUUCAGAUUUACACCUGGAACAGAACUGGCUGAAGCAAUGUUUUAAUUGGCUUUCAAAAUUUAAACUUGGUAACAUGCUGUACCUGUAGGGGUGUCUUCAGGGUAUGUUCCACUAAUGUUUAAUGCUCUUCACUUUGUUGUAUUUAAUCACUAGUUAGUGUUCAAGAUAUCCUAGCUAAAACUAGCAACCCCUCUAAAACUUAAAAUGGGUGAAGCCUGUACAUUUGGUUGUUUGAUUCUCAAAGCUCUUACAUCUCUUAAUGUGGAGGGGUAAGAGGGGCCUGUACGUUGUUGCUUGUCAAUCUGUACAUUUAGACCAAAUUGUAUUUGCACUGUUGGUAUGAAAGCGAGUGACAAAAUGUUAAUACAUUAUUCGAUCUUUUUUCGUUUGGGUUUUUUUAACCAGUUUAUGAUAAGCCUGAAAACCUCAAUUUGUGUUCAGAGCAGUGGGGAUUUUUUUUAAUGUCUACAUUAUUUCUAAUAAACUGUUGAAGACUCCAUGGCUGUCAACUGUCUGUCUGGCUGUAACUUCAUGUAUUCUUAUUAUUUGUUGGAAUGGAUCACUUUAUUUCUAGUUGGAAUAAUUAGUGUGGGAUUAUUUCAUCUGCUUGAAGGAGGAAAGUUGUAAAAUUUCCAAGCAAACCUUUGAAAAAAAAAAAGAUCUGUAAGUUGUGGGUACACUGACAACAAUUUAAAGAAAGAAGUGUUGUGAUUUGACGAAAAUAAAAAAACUGUCCUCCUUUAAAACUUU